AUGAGUACUCCGUCUAGUUUAAAAAAAUCAGGACCACUACAAUCUGUUCAGCCACUAGGUCCUCCACCGCAACGCUUUCAAUCACAAGGUGCUGCACCACAAGGUUCUCCACCAUUACGUCCUUCACCACGGCGUGCUCUACGACAACGUUUGUCGCGAGGUCCUCAAGCACCAAGUCGCCGUUUUAUUUCUAGUAUACAUAUUCUUGUACAGAUGCUGCUUGUUACUAUUUUUUUCUUACAGAAAUAUGAAUUUAUGUAG